GGCUAAAUGUAAAUAUGUAUAAACAAUCGCAUUCUUGCGACUGUCACGUGCGACUGUACGUUGCUUUGCGUUUUCUAAUUACUAAUCUAACCUAACUUAACCUCUCAUCUUCGCUGUGCUUCAUUGAUAAGAGACAAUAAUGUGUCUCGGUAAAUUAACACCCUGCAGGUGACACAAAUCGGAAGAGAAAAAAUGUGUUUCACUGUUUAAAUUGAAAAUGAAGUUGAUACAUAUAUUUGUUUACCAUGAAAAAUUUAAGAAGAAUGUGUGAAUAUAAAACCUGUAUCGCACGAAGAUCUAUGUUUGCUAUUACGUCAGCGGAUCGUUCGAUAUUUCGAUUUAAUCGCUAUCAUGCUCUCGCGUUUGUCACGCGUACUUUUUGAUUAAUAGCAUUUCGAUGAACGCAACGAAUCAAACUUUGUUUAUUUUAAUUUUAUGCAUCAAUUACAUAAUAUUGAUCUAAACUGACCUAACCUUGCUUUACGAACUUUCUUGGUAAAUUUAUGGAUAUUUAUAAAGAUUAAUUUUGAAUGAGAAAGUUGAAUCAUAAAUAAAACUUAGUAUAUUUAUUAAUCAAACUCAAUUAGCAUCGCAAUUAUCAUCAAACAACUUCUGUUUUAUUGAUUAUCCGUGUUUGCAUAUAUUGCACAUGUACGAAAUCUUAUUCGUUACGUAAGAAAUAUAAAAAGUGUUGUAAAACAAAAAAAUUGGAACAUGUGAUGUAUUUUAAUAGAUUUUGGUUUUUAUUAAUACGAUAACAAAUUAAAAGCGAUUUAUCUCAAAAUAUUCGUUCAGAUGAAUUUGUUUGACAAAAAUUCCUCAAUUUCACCAGUUGUUUUUAAAUCUUUCAAAUCUACAAGCAAUGAGGCAAACUACUUUUAGUUGUAAUUUACACAAAUAAAUAGAUAUGUAUAUACAGCAUUACAUAUAGUUGUGUGUCUUAUCAGUAUUUUUAUGGAUAGUCUAAUCUUUCGUAACUGUGAUUAUUAAUGAAAACAUGACACGUUCUAGAUGUAAUAAGAUUUUGUCGAUUGGAAAUUUGAUUAAUCAGCUGCAACAGAGCGCAAGAUGGAGUUCUUUUUUGAAAACUAAAGACAAGAAAUUGGAAUCGCAACGUUCCUUUAAGUUUGCAGACUUGUCUGUUCGUCUGGCUGGCCCGGAACAAUUGAAUCUCAAGCCUGACGUCGACAAGCUUAAAUUCGGCAAAUACUUUACCGAUCACAUGCUCAAAAUACAAUAUCACGAAAGCAUGAACGGAUGGCAGGCGCCGGAAAUUAUGCCUUUUGAAAGUAUAGUUCUUCAUCCUGCUGCAAAAGUACUUCAUUAUGCUGUAGAGUUGUUCGAAGGUUUCAAGGCUUACAGAGGAGUCGAUGACAAGAUAAGGCUGUUCAGGCCGGAGUCGAAUAUGGAGAGAAUGAACAAUUCGGCGAUACGAGCCGGUCUGCCGUCUUUCCGAGGAGAGGAACUGAUCAAGUGUAUUUGCAGACUGAUUAGCAUAGACCAGGAGUGGGUCCCACAUUCUCUCGCUUCUAGUCUUUACAUUCGUCCCACGCUCAUAGGCAUCGAUCCUACACUUGGAGUGGCGGCCUCAGACUCGGCUUUACUCUAUGUAAUCUUGUCUCCCGUCGGCAAUUACUUUAAACCUACAAACGAAGAAGUGAGUAUUUCCCUGCUUGCAAAUCCCAGAUACACAAGAGCGUGGCCCGGCGGUUACGGUGAUGCCAAAUUAGGCAGUAACUACGGACCUACGAUUCGAGUGCUACAGGAAGCCAUCGAGAAAGGCUUGCAACAAGUACUGUGGUUGUACGGGAAGGACAAUAAACUCACAGAAAUAGGCACUAUGAACGUCUUCGUAGUUUGUAAAACCGACGACGGAGAAAUAGAAUUGGUCACACCACCUCUGAACGGUUUAAUCUUACCCGGAGUGUUGAGGGACUCGAUUCUAACUAUGGCGAGACAGUGGAAUCGAUUCAGAAUUUCGGAGAGAGCCAUCACCAUGAAGGAGAUCAUACGACUACUGUCGGAGAACAGACUACUGGAGAUAUUCGGAACGGGUACGGCUGGCAUGAUCAGUCCUGUGUCAUACAUCGAUUUUGUGGACCAAGGACUGCACAUACCGACGAUGAAGCAACCCGAUCCGCUUUAUAAACAGUUCAAGAAACAUUUGAUGGACAUACAAUAUGGUUUGAUACCAGAGCACCCAUGGUGUUUGAUCAUCGACUGAGGAACAAUAUCGAUAGCUGAAGAUUGCACUUGGAAAUGCCAUCUGAUUCUUGCCGUGUUGUACAUUUAUAUAUAUUUAUACACACAUAAGACUUUCAAUGACUAUAGAACGCAGAUUAAUAUUUAUUUAUAUAGUUCUCUUUGUUUUUCUACGAGAGAAAAAGAUGGACUACUUUAUAGUCAUAGUAUCAUCACAUGAUGAUAUUUGAAAACUCUGAUCCCGCGUCAUGUAAAAUUCAUAUACGCACACAUGAUAUAUUUUUAUACAUUCUAUUAUGCUGUCAAAAGUACAGCUGUGUGUGUAUAUGUGAUGUUUAUAUGCUUAUGAUUUACGAUUGUAUAUAUCUUUAGUAUAAAUUUUUUUUCUCGCAUCACAAAGACACGUAAUUUAUACUUUUGUAUAAAGGUACGAUUAGUUUGAAUACCUGUAAAUUUUGUAAAAAAGCUGUUUUUAAUAAUAAAGGAUUGCGUAUAAAA